GUAGAAGAAGAUUGCCAAGGCACGCGCCUCGUCCCCUGCCUUGAUUCCUGUUCGCAGCUUCGGUCGAACGCCUUUCUUUUUCGGUGACCUGCCGGCGUCUUGCAGCCUAUAGACCAGACAGCACCUUUUUACGCAAGUGUGGAGCACCACCAGCACCACUCAACGCAGAUGAGUCGAAAGAGCGCCAAGGACGCGCCCUCGAGCGACACGAGCUUUCUGGGCCAGUCUGUGGACGAGUCCGUGCUCACCGGCUGGUACAGCGUGAUCAACUGGCUUCUACAGUUCAUCCUAACGGAUCCCAUCGACGCCUCGUUCCUUAAGAAAGUCAGUGCUGCCGAUUUCAUUGAAUCGAUGGACCUGUACGUUCGCUACGAGCCACAAGUGGCGCUGCUCUACGCUUCGGGCAUGGCAUUCUUCGCCGCUGGAAUCCUAGGCACUGUGCUCUACCCACAGAUGCGCCGACGCCGUAUGUGUGGAGGGGAUCGAACGCAGGACCUAACCGAGAACAUGCGCUGCAUACUACAACUGUACACGGCUGCCUACGUCAUUGUACUGGCUUGCAUUCUGUUGGGUGCCAUGCUGAUGCUCGCCAGCAUAUUCGAGUUGAGGCAGUCCUCGCUUCGACACAGCAAGCAGUUCAACGUAUACGUCAGUGCAGUGGAAAAUUUCUUGCAGUCAAUGGCCACCGUGGCGAAAGAACAACAGGCAGCGAACGUAAAUUACCUGAACGAGCUCUAUCGCACUAUGGAGGACUUCAGCUCGUACCUGAAGGCCCAUAUUCUCCCUGAGAUUAAAGCGGUGACCACGAUGUCGGCGGGCGGUGUCAUGAAAGCGGACAUCAGCGACAACAUGCCACCGGUUGCCGAGAGCGUGUUGCAGCAAGGAAGCGUGGCGACAAAAGAAGCGGCACAGGAUGCCAUGGCUGAAUUGAUCGCCACCAGCGUGAGCAAGACGUACAACGACUCGCUCACCGAAUGUCGCCUAUUUGCGAAGAAUGGCUCGGACCGCAUAGCAAGCUUUUGUCAAGCUGUCGUCGCAGACACUCAAAAGAGUCUACACUCAUUCGUCAACCUUUCCGGUUCACUGGUAAAGACAGACCAGCUAGGAGUCCUCGCCACACUGCAGCACAAGAGCCACUGGUACAUCUUCCUGGUACUGGGCAGCUUCUUGUUCCUGUUCUUGCUCUACACCGGCUCAUUCGUCAUGGGCAUGUUCCACUACAACGAGGACGUGCCGCCCACUAAGAGAACAGACGCUUCCAACUACGCGGGCACCGCCAUGCUCUUCGCCAUCGUGCUCUCGUUCCCGGUGUGCGCGGCGCUCAUGCUGGUCACCAACACCAUCAUGCUCGUGUCGCUCAGCAUCACAAACUUCGCCUGCCGGCCGUACGAGAACAUCGUCAUCUCCUGGCCGGGCAGGAUCGUCGACGUCGUGGUGCUCGACGACACGUUCGACAUGUUCUGGCCAAGGAAAGCCAGGGGCCGCUGGUUCGGCAGCUUUCUGGCAGGGACGACUUUACAGAAAUGCAGGUCGGGCAGGGUUUUCGACGUCAUUGGGGGCGACUAUAAGCUGGCCGUUGAGGGGUACAGCGAAUACAUGGAUAACCUGCACCACCUGAUGAUAUCGAUAACCGUCGAUCCCCGCCUCAUAUUCCCGACCACGGGUCCUCCUGAAGUCGGAAUAUUCUACGAGGCCAUGAAGACCCUACUUUGGGAUAAGGUCGGCGACAUGGUCGAAGGCUACAUAAAAUCCCUCGCACGUGGGACCUUGCAUAUACGAACGAAUUUGUCAAAGUUUAACCCGGACUGCCUUCUUGCCUACGAUGGAUACGAACAAGGAAUUGGCUUCAUAUGCGAAGGAAUCAUUCGGAACGUCAACUCCUUCUGGACGUCCCUGGGCUUCUGCCUCUACAUGUUCACCCUGCUGGGCACCCUGUCUCACUUUAUAUCCAAGUAUUUCCUGCGCAUGGACAAUUACACCUACGAUGGCUCCGAGGUGGAGUCGCUCACAAGCACGUCCGAAUUAAGCCCGAACCCUGAGAAGUCAUCCGAAGUUCUUCCGGAAACCGAAAAAAUCGGACAUGAAGUCCCCGAAGGUGGUGAGAAAACCGAGUUCGACCACACGACCGGCACGGACAUGAAGAAGUCAUCAUCAAGUGACGACACAGAUGAUAGCCGUAAGUCUGACAAGGCUGAGAGGGCUGAGAAGGGACCCAAAUGGCGGUAAGGAGGAUGGUCACGUCGUGUAGGUCACGUAGUGUCUACUGUAUAUUUAUACUCAUUCGCAAUUCUUCUUCUUUUUUCUAUUUCUUAGGAGAGGAAGAAGGUAAGAAGUUGUUAAGAACAGUGCGAAAUAUAACGGUCUGUUAAAUGUUUUAAAGUAAAAUACUCCGACGAAGAGCAGCAUGCCGUGCUUGAAUCUUUGAAAAAGUCCAUAAUUAGACGCAAGUCUGCCGAAAGGAGUGAAUGCAUGCUCGCACGCUCGUCUUAGUAGCGGAAGUUGCAUGCAUCUUUUCUGUUCUGAGCAAUAAGUUGUUAGGUGAAUGCUAAACUAACGUGACAGUUCAAGGUCUCAUCAAGUUUCUCUAUUGUCAUGAGCACAAUUCACAAAUGCCUUCUUAUAACUUGUUUAUAACUUCUUAAUCCUUGUUUGUUUGUCCGUUCGUUCGUCGACGCGGCGACAGGAAAAGUCAAGCCGGAGCUCUUCAAGCGUCUACACUACACAGGUUGGAACUCGGAGACAUACCGGAAGAUCCUGCGCCAGGGGUAACGAUGCAGAACGUGGUGACAGUGUCCUACAUGUCCGUCUCCACUACGCGCAACUUCCGACCAAAAUGAAGGCCACCGACUACGUGCCGAGGCUGCAUCGCAUGUGCUGUUUCGCGAAGCAGUUCAAGCAACCAAAUAUGCGUCGUGUAAAAAGAAUGACAUACCCUAA